GGUUAGUAAGUGCUAAGGGACCAUCGAGGAUCCAUUACUCAUAUUCAAACGUUUACCAUUAUCCUUGUUGUUGUAUUCAUCAGACAGACGCAAAUAUGACCCGGUGCUUUUGUGUUAAUUUUACUAAUCUACUAAAGGUAGUUCAGUUAUCUAAGAUAAACAAUGAUUCAUGAAACUUCGUAUAUUGGAAGUCCAAACUAUAUAAAAGGCAAAAGACAAAUGAUACAUUUCGGCCCUGUAAUGUCUGUAUAAAAAGGUGUUUGCCGUGUUGCUGUAACAUUCCGUUAUAUGUCAGUUCUACGUUGUUUGACGAUUCGAAUGUUAUUCAAACAUUGAAUAUUGUUCCCAAUACAAACGAUCGAAUUGCAAAAACCGACUACAGUUGUUCUAAUAAUAAAAAAAUAAGCAGUAACAACAUAAACGACAUGUAUUAAUGAGUAGAUAUGAUGAAAAUGCAAGCUCUGCAAUACAUUACACUAAAGAUAAUAUGCUCCGCAGUUAUUAUAUCCCAAAUGUUUGGAAUGUCCAGUUGGUGCUCUGCGCCUGGAGCUCAAAUUUUGUUCAUUGAAGAGCCCCUGAAUGCUUCUUUUGAUUCAUUCGAAAAUUAUAACAGUGAAGAAGGUUUUACAAUUAACACAGUGGGAUGUGUUUUCCCAAGGAUCACUGUACAAGACGUGUCAAUGAAUAAAUGUAUUCACGCUCCUAAGAUUGUAAUACCCCCAUGCGAAUAUUAUUAUCGCCCUCUCCUCGGAAACAAUAAUACUCAUAUAUGGAUUAUUCAAAAUAAUUUGAAAUACUUUAACAUCAGUAAAGGAUCAAUGGUUAAUUGUUGCUAUAGACCCUUUUAUAAACCGCUGUCAGCUAAACGUAUUUACAAAAAGUUUAUGGACAGGGGAAUCGAAUACCUCGAUUGUAUUAUGUUCAAGGAUGAAAUAGAAGUUAAUAAUGAAUUCGUGACAGUGCGUUGUUUUUACGACGACGAUGUGAUAUACAGUCAAUACUAUGUAUUCGCGCCUAAAAAGCCAUUUACAUUUAAUAGAGAAAACCCUUUUAAGAAACCGGUCAAUCAAACAAUGUACAAUAUUAUUAUUAUGGGUUUGGGAUCAAUGUCAAGACACAAUUUCUACAGAACUAUGCCAUAUACUUUAGAUAUGUUAAAAAAAUAUAAUGCCAUUGAAUUAAAAGGCUACAAUACAGUCAGCCAGGACACUUUUCCGAACUUGAUGGCAGUAUUGGUUGGUAUGAACACUUCAGAGUUAGUAGGCGCUUGCUUCCCGCACGGCCGGUCCACUUUGGAUAACUGUCCUUUUAUUUGGGAAAGGUUUAAAGACAUGGGAUACUACACAGCGCUCAUGGAAGAUACCGCCAGAUAUGGCGUGUUCAAUCAAGGAAAGUUUCUUUUUAAAGGAAACCCUACUGAUUAUUAUUUGUAUCCAUUUAUGCGUGAAUCUGAAAAAUUGCAUAAACAUAAAUGGAAAUUCAAAAAAGCAAAAGACUUAGUACAAUAUUUACUGGCUCACAGAGCACGUCGCCCUAGUACCACUUGCAUGGGAGACAAAUACUAUUUUGAAGUACUUUUAAAUUAUGUUAGUAGUCUUACUACGACAUUAAAAAACUUUAAGCUAUUCGGAUUAUUUUGGGAAAUAUCUAUGAGCCAUGAUGAUUUAAACGAUCCUAUCAGAAUGGAUAAAGGUUACGAAACAUUACUUCGAAAAUUAGAAAUGGCUGGAUAUUUAAACGAUACGAUUUUGAUAUUUUUGAGUGACCAUGGCAUGGACUCUAACGAAAUACAGUCUACAAAGCAAGGGCGAAUAGAACAGCGACUACCUCUAGUGUUCAUUGUGGUACCGCCUUCAUUUCGCAAAGAGUAUAGAUUAGCAUAUCAUAAUUUAAAAGUAAAUCAAGGACGUCUCACGACGCCUUAUGAUAUCCAUCAAACAUUAAUAGAUUUUAUUGAUUUAAACGUUAUAAGAGAAGAAGAAAUAUUAAGAAGAAGUCGACAGUUUUAUACCCAAGAUAGAGGUAUUAGUCUGUUCUUACAGAUUCCCAGAAAUAGAAGCUGUGAGUUGGCUGGCAUUCACAAUAAGUGGUGCGUUUGUUAUAAUUAUGUUAGAAUAGCACAUGACAACCCGGUGCUUUUUGGUGCUAUUAGUUAUUUAACGUACCAAAUUAACGAGGUGCUGAAGCCUUAUCCAGAAUGUUUGAAACUUAUUGUGGACGAGAUCAUUCUUGCAAAAGAGUUGUUGCCAGCGUACGAAGGCAGCGACGAGUGGCGUGACUUUAGCAUCAUAGUUCGAAUGGCCCCCGGCGGCGGCAUCUAUGAGACUAUGAUGCGGAAACACAACAGACAGUGGUAUAUUGUCGACCGCGUCAAACGCCUCAAUUUCCCCGGCUUUCGCAGUUUAUGCGUAGAUGUCCCCUCAAUCAAAUUAUUUUGUUAUUGUAAAUAAGUAAAGGUCAUAUAAUA